AUGACAGACCCCUCGCAAGGAGCGCAGAUCAUUCCACUCAGCAAGAUGCCCCAGCAAGCUGGCGUCCGUGACGCUCGGGACGAUUGGACUGGAGUCAUAAGUCGGAAAGAACGAAGAAAAUUACAGAAUCGACUGAAUCAGCGGCGCUACCGGUUGAGAAAGCAAGAUAAUGGAGCAGUAUCGAAUGCUGACAUCAUUGCUACCCCUUCCGCUAUACCGUCCGCAUCUAGAGUGCAACUUCUGGAUUCCUUCAAGCUUGAGAGGCCGGAAGCUUUUGAAUGCGCAAGAGCGCCUUCAUUUGCUUUGGAGUUCCGUAAAUGGUUUGAGAUGAAAGCGUACCAAAGCUUUAUGUCCGGUAUGCCGAACAGAGACCACCUUAUUAGCCUUAGCCGACUCAACGUGCAUCGAGCCAUCAAUGAGAACAUUGCUGCAGUCGGAAUGACCUCCGCCUGGAUGAAGAGCGAUGAUGCGAUAUCAAUAUUCAAUCUCGCACAACCCAGUUUCUCAGUCGAGGGUAUCCCACCUUGUUUACGACCGACAUUCAUCCAGUUACAUAUUCCCCAUCAUCCCUGGCUGGACUUCUUUCCAUUCCCACGCAUGCGCGACUGCAUGAUUCUUGCUGCCCAAGGUGAUUCUUUCGACGAUGACGACUUAUGUCAUGACCUCAUGGCUUUUUGGGAUACAAGAAACACCGCUGCGACCUUACUUGUGUGGGGAAACUCGUGGGAAGCCCAACAUUGGGAAGUUACAGAGGGUUUCGCACAGAAGUGGAAAUGGCUGCUCCCUGACUCGCCUGAGCUUCUGGCUUCUACAAAUCGGUGGAGAAGAUCUCGAGGGGAACGGCCUUUAAUCUGGAAUGAUAUUCUUUCUGGGUCAUAA